AUGUCAUCCGCGCAUUCUUCCAAGCGUCGCCGAUUGACUGAUCGUACUUCGAACACCCAGUCCCAGCCGUCUUCAACACAGCGCAACAAUAAAAAUAAGUACUAUGACCCUGAUCAGGAUCCCCAGGAGCGGAGACGCCUCCGCAAAGGAUUCAGGGACUUGACGCAUUUGUUCAACGAUUCACGCACCGAGUACAUGCGAACUGGCAACAAUGGAAUCUUGGAAACGCUUGAAAAGGCCAAUGAACUCUAUGUCGAUGUAAAACAAACUUCGGACGCGACUCUGGACUCGCGUCUCCUCGUCAACGCCGCCGAUCUAUCGCACAAAAGGACUGCGCAACUAGCACUUGGAAAUGCCCACGCUGGUCUAGACGUUGACGAAUUUGUAUCAAAAUGUAUAUCGUACAUGCGACGCGGGCCAGACCUCGAGUCUUCCGCGCUGAACGCGACUAGGCAUCGCCGCCAUGCUGCCACUCAGAGAGAUUCAGAUGAUAGCGACGAGGAAGACAACGGUGAUGCUAUGAACUGGGAUUGGCUUGGACGUGCUGCCUGCGUUCCUCACAAUGCGCGCCCUGUCGUUUCGGGAUGGCUACUAGGACCAUUGUCUGUGCAGAAGCGGGCGCGCCAAGUCACCCAACGCAGGGGCAAUGAGCAGUUUGAUGCUACACAGACCGUCAAGCCACUUGACCUGCAACAAGAGGACCUUGGUCAACAGGACAGUGUGAAUCUAACUCAGAUUUGCUCCGAUAUCAAUAAAUUAUUGGCGAAAUACCAAGAUGAGACCCAAGAAAAGGUGGAUGAAAUCCUCAAUGACAUUCUCGCUAAGAGUGGCGAACCCAGCCCUGCAAAAAUUCAAGAAGUUAUGGACGAAUACAACCUUGCAGACGAUACUGGAGUUCCUUUCUUCAAGUUUUGCAUUAACCCUGAUUCAUUUGGUCAAAGUGUCGAGAAUUUAUUUUACGUUAGCUUCCUGGUGCGGGAUGGCACCGCUGGUAUCGGGGAAGAUAGUCGUGGGUUACCGACACUUCAUUCUACCACGCCUUACCAACCAAAUGAGGCUCAUAGACAAGGCGUUGUGAAGAGGCAGGCAGUUGUCAGUCUAGACUUUGAUACGUGGCAGGAGCUCAUCGAUGUGUAUGGCAUAAAAAAGCCAAUUAUCCCCCAUCGCAAAGAAAGUGAUCAGGAGACUGCGACAACCUGGUAUGGUGGUCGAUAA